AUGAACUUCUCUUUGAAACAUCAAUCGAGUGCACAAACCAUCGAGACCGAGCUAGACGAGGAGCAAUUCGCCAUUUCGCCAUAUUAUUUACUUCCUUAUGAUGCCUCCGAAGAGGAUGAUGAUGAUUAUGACAAUAUUUCUUUGGCCACUAAUACUAGAUUCAUUGAUGUUGGUUGGGGUGGUAAAGACUUACAAGACUUAGAGGACAUCGAUUUCGAGUUCGUUUACGCUCUCCACACUUUCGUCGCUACGGUCGAGGGUCAGGCCAAUGCGACCAAAGGCGACACCAUGGUGCUACUAGACGACAGUAAUAGUUACUGGUGGCUUGUAAGGGUGGUCAAGGAUAGCAGCAUAGGAUACUUACCAGCAGAACACAUCGAGACGCCUACUGAAAGGCUAGCGCGUCUCAAUAAGCAUCGGAACAUUGACCUAUCGGCAACAAUGCUUGGCGACCAGGCAGAGAAGAUCAAGGGUACUGCUAUACUGCCUGCCAUAAGGAGAAGAAAGAAAACUGUCACCUUCACGGCUCCGACUUAUGUUGAUUAUUCCGACCCCGAGUUUUCCAGUGACGAGGAGGACGAUAGCGAAAAGGAACUCGAAGAGCAGGGUUCACAGCAACAGAAACAAGAGCAGAAAGGGCCUACCGAUGAUGCCUCAGAUGAUGAAUCCGCAAAGGUGGAACCGCUCAAGCCUAAGGGUCUACAGAAACAGGUCAAAUCGGACUCUACCAAGACUGAUGAUAAGGACAAUACGCUGUCGCCUGUUCAAAACGACCGCAGGGAUAGUAGUGACAUUUUCGAUCAUAAGGGUGAGCGGGUUACAAGGAACGGUACUGUUAGGAACACGGAUUCUUUCUUUAAGGAUGAGACGAUAGAGACUAAGAAGAUCACGUUGACUCCUGGCCUGCUACGGGACGAUAACGAGCCGCGGAUCUCAAGCGACUCGAAGGAGUCACUGCGGCAACGACCAAGUUUGGAUAAAGAGCUUACGCCUGACAGAAAUAAGGACGAUAAGAAGAAGCGAGAGAAGGAUAAGAAGGAGAAAGAAAAGAAGCCAAGCGCGAUUCGGAGUUUCUUCUCGAGGAAGGAUAAGAAAAAGUCCCUUGAUGAUGACGACGAUUCGUUUGGCAAGAGGUCCCUGGAUGCCACUGCUGAAAUGACGGAGAAGGAAGCGGAGGAAGCGCACGCAGCCGAUGCGGAUCUGUCGCCCGAAAAGGCUAACGGACCUCAGCGGAAUACAAGUAAACUUCAGAAGCACCAGCCCAGUACCGACCCUUCGCCUACUCGCAAACCUGCUAUCGCGCCGUCACAGGCUGGUUCAGAGCGCGGUCCUAUGCUAGCGUCAGAAACUAGAAGUAACAAUGUAGCGAACGUACCGCCGGCGACAUUGAGGAUAGUGGAGUCUGAUCGGCUUGAAAGUCCAGACCGAUCAUCUCAGAAGAACGAGAAGGGCAGCUCGAGGUCGGUCAUUACGAAGGAAAGCAAGCCACAGAAGGUUACCAAAGCGAAGUCAAGACUCGAACUUGAUGACUUCGAUUCGCCCGAGGAAGAUGAAACUGCGUCACAGUCGACCAGGACACCUCCGGAACCCACACGGCAGCCUGCCGAGACGAAGCAAACGCGACCAACUCUGCCGGGAGCAUAUCCAGAUAGUUAUGUCAGCACUCUAACAUCAACAUCAGAGCUCAGUGACCAAACGAUAAAGCCCCAACGCUCCGCCGACGAAGAGCGGCUCUCGGAAUCUCCUGUUCAGGUCUCACCGGUCAUGUCAUCGAACCCACCCGCCCUCAUGGUCGAUACUUCCAGUCAGGAAGGCCAAUCUUCUCCUGCAUCAUCUCCAUCGCCAGAGCUAGUGGACACGGACAAUAGGACUCACGCAAAGCAAGACUCGGUGACGACAUCGACGUCGGUAGCGACUACGCCGACUUGGAACGACGCCAGCCUUCGUGCAUUCUUCGACUCGGGCUCCGAUAUUAGGGAUCUGCUGGUCAUCGUCUACGACAAGAACGAUGUGGCGCCCGCGGGCCCUGAACAUCCUGUCAUUGGCUCUCUGUUCCGUGAGCAGAACGCAAGAUUAGCUGAAAUUACGACGCAAUUGGAUAAUAUGCUUGGGGACUGGUUAGCCCGUAAGCAACGCCUUCGAGGCACGGUGUAG